GCUGUCUAAUUUUAUAUGCUUGUGACACAAUUUAGUCCAUUUUUUCAUCUUUAUGGACAAUCCUGCAGGAAGGUUGGAAAUGCAAAUCCAAUCCGAAGCACAUAUGUCCUUCCUGAUGGUAUCAAGCAUAAUCGGGGUUUUGUAAAAGAUCCAGAGGAGGCACAGAGAUAUAUGUCAACACAAGAAAAAGAAAUGCUGCCAACACGAGAGGAAGAGAAUGAGCAUCGCAUUCCUCUAGAUGUUGAAACUGUAGAAGAUAGAAGUAAAGAAGCAUCUGCCAAAAAUGAGGAGCUGAAAUUGACUAAUGAACGAUUCCUUGUUCCAGAAAUGCUUUUUCAUCCUGCUGAUCUUGGGAUGAACCAGGCAGGAUUGGCAGAGUGUAUUGUACGUGCUGUUAAUUCCUGCCAUCCUCAUCUGCAUCCAGUACUCUUUUCAAGCAUAAUUUUGACUGGUGGGAGCUCACUUUUUCCGCGCAUGAAAACAAGGCUGGAACAGGAACUCCGGCCUCUUGUUUGUGAUGACUAUAAACUUAAAAUUGUGAUACAAGAAGAUCCUAUGUUAGGUGCAUGGAGAGGAGGAUCACUCUUGGCAGCCAGUCCUGACUUUGAAUCCCUGUGUGUGACAAAGUCAGAUUAUGAAGAACUUGGAUCUGCAAGAUGCCGGCGGCGCUUUAUGCAUUGAUUCUUGAAAACUUUGUGUGGUUGAUCUUCAACAUUUCUGUCCUUGGGUUUACAUUUCUGGAUUUUUGUUUUUUAGUUGUUCUUUACCCUGUCAAAUAGAAUAUGUGGUCGUAGUGAGCAGGUGGAUAUUUUUUUUUGCAGGAAAACAGUAUUUCAAGUCUUCUAUUCAAUGUGGAGCUUGUAAUAAUGCAAAACCGCAUCAAGUUUGUAAGCAGGAUUGAUACUAUAAGAUGCCUUGAAUUUUUUAUACCUUUUAUCAUUCAAAACAGUCAAUUUUUAAUAAGAUGGGGGACAUCAAUGGGAAGAAUUCAACUCCCGUUCAUGUGAUCUUGUAGGUGAAAAAAAGUGAAGGCAGUUUUAAGGGUUUCUGUCAAGCAGGAAGGUCAAUUUGGUAUACGAGACCUCCACUUAUGCAAGCAUUCUACAAGGAGAUUCUGUGUUUACCUCAUUCAUUGUUCAACAUGAUAUACAUUUCCAUCUCUCAAGAUUUGAACUUGUGGCCUCCACCAUAUGGGUCUUCGCUAUCAAGCCAACUCAGUUUGCACCUUGCUUAUGUAUUGAUGUUUGGCUUUGAGCUGUAAGACUGAUGGAUUGAACAUAACCUCUGUGUUUAUUGGGUAGCCAUGAUUUUUGCAUAGUGUUGAUUCCAAACUGGUUGUGAAUGAGACAAAAACAUUAUCCCCUUGACCAAGGCAUUACACUGUCACACAUUCUUAUGUAAAUGACAUCAUAGUUAAUAUCCUUAGACUCAUCGUAGUUAAUAUCCUUA